AUGGCACAGGCUAAUGCAGCCCAGCAUGUAAUGCUUACUCAAACACUCACUGACUCUUUUGGCAUUAUCCUGGAUUGCUUUGAUCUUAAAAGGCAGCUCCAGCAAAUGAAUAAGUCAAGUGAUUCAAUACUCGGUCUAGUGAAUCAACUGUUCAUUGUUAUCCACAGGAACCAGGAAAACCAGAGCACUGAAGUCACUUUCAUUCUCUUGGGAUUCUCAGAAUACCCAGAUCUCCAGCUGCCCCUGUUCCUCUUAUUCCUGACCAUCUACACAGUCACUGUGCUGGGGAACCUGGGCAUGAUACUGAUUAUCAGGAUCAACCCCAAACUCCACGUCCCAAUGUACUUCUUCCUCAGUCAUUUGUCCUUCCUUGAUUUCUGUUACUUUACAGUGGUUACACCCAAACUGCUAGAAAACCUGGUUGUCGAAGACAGAACCAUCUCCUUCUCAGGAUGCAUCUCUCAGUUCUUCUUUGCUUGCACGUGUGUAGUGACAGAAAUGGUCAUGUUGGCAGUGAUGGCCUAUGACAGGUUUGUAGCAGUCUGUAACCCCCUGCUCUACACCACUGCAAUGUCCUUCAGGCUCUGCUCCUUGCUGGUGGGGGCAUCGUAUUCUUGGGGUAUAGUGUGUUCUUUGAUUCUUACUUACUUUCUACUGCAAUUAUCCUACAGAGGAAAGAAUAUCAUAAGAAACUUUGUCUGUGAGCAUGCUGCCAUUGUCUCUGUGUCCUACUCUGACCCCUACAUCAGCCAGCAGAUCAUCUUAAUCUUUGCAUCCAUCAACGAAAUAAGCAGCCUGAUGAUCAUCCUUACAUCCUAUGUGUUCAUUUUCAUCACUGUUAUGAGGAUGCCCUCAACUGGGAGCCGUCAGAAAGCCUUCUCCACAUGUGCCUCCCACCUGACCGCCAUCACCAUCUUCCAUGGGACUAUCCUUUUCCUCUACUGUGUUCCCAACUCCAAGAGCUCCUGGCUCUUGGUCAAGGUGGGUUCUGUUUUUUACACAGUUGUCAUUCCCAUGUUGAACCCACUGAUCUACAGCCUCAGGAAUAAAGAUGUAAAAGAGACAGUCAGGAAGUUAGUCAGUACUAGAUUGCUCUGUGAUAAGCCUUAA